ACCUCUCAUCUUGCGGCUUUGUAUAAAUACUUGGAAGUAUCUCCGUAUAACCAAGAAAAUUUUUCAUUUAAAAAAGAUACAGUAUUAUAUUGUAUCCUAGUUAAUUACAUUACUUUCAUUUUUUAAAAUCUAAUCUAGGAUCGUAAUCUAUAAUAUAUUUAUAUAACGUACAGAAGAGAUACAAUUUUCUACAUAAAUAUUUACAUCACACAUAACCUAUUCCAACAUUUGUCAUAAUAAUAUUAAUCUAUUAGUUUCUAAUUUGAAAACAAACAUUUGAUAUGGCUUGUCAAGUGGCUAAUGCGAAUUGCGAAAAAAUGCAAAGUUCUAUGGACAACAACAAAGAUAUAGACUUGAAAAACUUCAGAAAACUAAUUAAAUCCUACAUCGAUUUGCAUUUGUAUAGUGCUGCUUUAUUUUGGGCAGAUAAAGUUGUUUCAUUGAGUAACGAAGAUCCAAAAGAUAUAUGUACUUUAGCACAUUGUAUGUAUCUUAUGAAACAAUACCAUCGAGCUGCACAUCUUAUUAGAAGUCGAGGACUUGAAAAGACUUACAUAAUGUGUCAUUAUUUAGUAGUAAAAAGUCUUUACGAAGCAAGGGAAUAUAAUGAAGCUCUUCAAGUAAUUAAUGAAUCUGAAAUUUAUACUAAUAUAAAUCAACCAGGAAUUAAUUUUAAUGAACGCCCUGAUAUUCUUGAAGAUACUCCAAAAAAUGUACAAAGUGCUAUAUUAUAUGUAAAAGGUAAAGUUUAUCAAGCUAUGGAUAAUAGAGCGAUGGCAACAGAUUGUUACAAACAAGCUCUACAUUGUGAUGUUUUUUCCUAUCAAGCAUUUGAAUCUCUUGUACAAAAUCAAAUGCUAUCAGCAACAGAAGAAAGAGAACUAUUAGAAUCUCUUCCUUUUGGAGAACAAUGUACGGAAGCAGAAGCUGAGCUAUUACGUUUAUUGUAUGAAAGUAAACUAAAAAAAUAUCAGGAACCGUAUAAAAAACAAUCAUUGGCCAGUUGUAGUGUGAUGGGAAUCCCUGUAAUUGAUAGAUUAUCAGAUAAUCUAGAUUUAGAAGUUUCUGAAGCUGAAAGAUUAUAUUAUAAUUGUGAUUAUCAUAAAUGUUUUUCACUUACAGAAAGAAUUUUAAACAAGGAUCCAUAUCAUACAGCAUGUCUACCAGUACAUAUUGCCUGCUUAGUUGAGUUAAAAAAAACCAAUGCAUUAUUUUAUUUGGCGCACAAAUUAGUUGAUCUAUAUCCAGAUAUGGCUUUAGCGUGGUUUGCUGUAGGAUGUUAUUAUUAUAGUAUAGGUAAAAGUGACCCAGCCAGAAGAUAUUUAGUAAAAGCUACAACGUUGAAUAGUUUAUUCGCGCCAACUUGGUUAGUGUACGGGCAUUCAUUUGCAGUAGAAAAUGAACACGAUCAAGCAAUGGCUGCUUAUUUCAACGCAUCACAAUUAAUGAAAGGUUGUCAUCUUCCACUUUUGUACAUAGGAUUGGAAUGUGGAUUAACAAAUAAUCUUAAACUGGCUGACAAGUUUUUUCAACAGGCUCAAGAGAUAGCACCAAAUGAUCCAUUUGUUAUACAUGAAAUGGGAGUAAUAUCAUUUUAUAAUAUGGAUUACAAAACUGCAGAAAAACAAUUUAAGGAAGCUAUGAAAAGAGUUCAAUGUGGACUUAAGGAUGUUAUUUUACCUAGUAAAUGGGAAGCGCUCUUGAAUAAUUUAGGUCACACAUGUAGAAAGAUGAAGAAAUAUGAAGAAGCUUUGACUUAUCACCAGCAGGCAUUAGUAUUAAACCCAUUAAACCCAUCAACAUAUUCAGCAAUAGGUUUUAUUAAUGCUUUAAUGGGAAAUAUUCAAGAAGCAGUUGAUGCUUUUCAUAGAGCUUUAGGACUUAGAAGGGAUGAUACAUUUACAACUACUAUGCUAACUUAUGUCAUGGAACAACUUAUUGAUGAAGCUCCACCAUAUCCUGAUGCACCUAUUGAUAUUCCAAAAUAUACAAAUCCUGACUCUAGAAUAGAACCAGAAAUAAUAGAAUCUACAAAAACUUCUACUAGCACAGUUAAUUCACAAGAUCAAGACAUCGGCAAAUUAAGAGUUAAUUUAUUUUCUGGAUGGGGUGAAGAUUCUAAUAAACCAGAAACAAAUACAUCUAAUAGAAUUACAGACUCCAGAGAUACCGUUGUAAAUUAUUCCACUGGUGACAUAAGUUCUGAAGUUGAAAUGUUAGAUUCAUCAACGGCUCAUAUAGAAUAUAAUUAAAUAUCUCUGAUACAUGUUUCAUAAGUUUUGCAGAAAAGUACUUUAUAAUAUUUACUACUUUCUUGUCUGAUGACACCAUAAUGAUGCUCUAUAUGAAAAACGACAGUCAAUAGCUGAUUGCAUCAUAGUAGUGUCGCGUGCAAACCAGUAGUCAAAUUCUGAUCGAAUAUGCAUAUAAAAUUAAGUUUAAAUAAAAGAUUUUAUAUUUAAAUAUUUAUUGUUGCUCCAAUCUGCCUUUUAGUUUACAUUUUUUAACAUAUAUAAUAUAUUCCUGACAUUUCUUGUAAAUCAAGUAAAAGUGGAUCGAAAAAUUGGUUUGUUUUGAAUAAGGGGGCAAGUUAGGUUAUCUUCUGCAGGAAAAAUGCCGUUUAUACGUCUUUUCAUCUAGGGAAAGAUUAAGGUUGCCACGAAGGCCUGGGAAGACGGAAAUCGAGUUCAUCUCGGAGGAGGGAGGUGUAACAUUUUAGAAACUUGUGAUUUCUCUUUUUUUUUCUUUUCUAUUUAAUCAGACAUAGCCACAGCAACGUGUGGCGAAGCACAGCUAGUAUGGUUAUAAAAGUUAUUGACAUACUAAAAUUUUGUAUUUUUUAAUUAAGACAUCUGAAUUAUUUUAAGUCCAUUUAUAUUUCACAUUUUAUUAUAAAGUUUUCAUUCACAUCUUAUAAAUUUAAAAAAAUGACAAAACGCAUGACAAACAUAAGUACUUAUCUAAAGAAAUGCAUAAACAUAUAUACACACAUAUUUUGUAAAAGAUAAAUCACUUGUGCGAUAAACUUACAAAAUGUAUAUAGUGUGUAUGUCGUAUAACAUAAUAUCAGAUUAGUUAUAAAAUAUAGAAUGAAGAUGUGUACCUUCGAUUAAUGACAAUAACUUUUUAAAUACGUUUCUAAAUGCAACUUAUUAAUUUUUAAACUUGGUAGUAUGAAGAUAGUGAUUCUUUAAAAAAUUAUUUUUAACAAAAACUAAUUUUGCUACAAAUACAAUACUCUUCAUUUACUUUUUAA